AUGCAAUCAGCCCUCAUCGCCGAAACUCAGAGAGCAGUCGUCUGGCAUUACGGACACUUACUGAAACCACAGCAUCAUCCGGUAAAGAUGGCAGUGGAACUCGAGAACCGAAGGAAUCGAUUACGAAAAGUCAAAGACGAGAUGGUGAGGCGUGAUCAAGAAGAGCCUCGUCGAAACCGAAAACAUGCACUAGCUGCUGAGAGCAUCAUGGGGCAUGGGGCAGAAGAAGCCAUGAUAGACGGAAGUGGAGAUGGCUGCAAGGGGCAGUGGACCUUGCGCGACGCUGGAUUAAAGGCACAGUUCACGAUAGUUUCGGGUAGCCCAGAUUAUGACGAAAAAUGGAAGAUACGAUGGAAAAUAGGCGAUGGAGACGAAGGAACUGAGUGGAUCGGUGUUUCCGAAGUGGAAUAA